AUGGGCGAUAUGGGCGACCCACCGAAAAAAAAGCGGCUGAUUUCCUUGUGCGUCGGCUGCGGCAAUCAAAUCCACGACCAGUAUAUUCUGCGGGUUUCCCCGGAUUUGGAAUGGCACGCGGCGUGUUUGAAGUGCGCGGAAUGUAACCAGUACUUGGACGAGACUUGUACGUGCUUUGUCAGGGAUGGGAAAACCUACUGCAAGCGAGACUAUAUCAGGUUAUACGGCAUCAAGUGCGCCAAAUGCAACAUUGGGUUCAGCAAGAACGACUUCGUGAUGCGCGCCCGCUCCAAAGUCUACCACAUCGAGUGCUUUCGCUGCGUGGCCUGCAGCCGCCAGCUGAUUCCUGGGGACGAGUUCGCGCUGCGAGAGGACGGCCUCUUUUGCCGAGCGGACCACGACGUGGUGGAAAGAGCCAGUCUCGGCGCCGGAGACCCCCUCAGCCCCUUGCACCCCGCCAGGCCGCUCCAGAUGGCAGCAGAACCUAUCUCUGCCAGGCAGCCGGCUCUCCGGCCCCACGUCCAUAAGCAGCCAGAAAAGACCACCCGCGUCCGGACUGUCCUCAAUGAAAAGCAGCUCCACACUUUGAGGACCUGCUACGCCGCCAAUCCCCGGCCCGAUGCCCUCAUGAAAGAGCAGCUGGUGGAAAUGACCGGUCUCAGCCCCAGAGUGAUCCGGGUCUGGUUUCAAAAUAAGCGUUGCAAGGACAAAAAACGGAGCAUCAUGAUGAAGCAGCUGCAGCAGCAGCAGCCCAACGACAAGACGAACAUCCAGGGAAUGACGGGCACCCCUAUGGUGGCAGCCAGUCCGGAGAGACACGACGGUGGCUUGCAGGCGAACCCAGUGGAAGUACAGAGUUACCAGCCGCCCUGGAAAGUCCUCAGCGAUUUCGCCUUGCAGAGUGACAUAGAUCAACCGGCUUUUCAGCAACUUGUUAAUUUUUCAGAAGGAGGCCCAGGUUCCAAUUCCACCGGAAGUGAGGUAGCAUCUAUGUCCUCCCAACUCCCGGAUACACCUAACAGCAUGGUAGCCAGUCCAAUUGAGGCAUGA